GUUUCGUGGCGGUCUCCUCGCGAAGUCCUUGACGGUCAAGUGCGCAUGCGCGCGUUCAUUUUUCACUACCGGAAGUUGGGAGAGAGCAAAGUGGACGAGAUACGCAUUGGCAAAAUGUUCACCAACGUAUCCAUGAUAGCAGGACCAGAGGUACGAAGUUCAGGUAGUGGCGCUGUCAGAGGACGGACAGAGGUCGCAGUCAGGAUGGGUUGAGGGCAACACCAGUCGAGAGGCCUAUAUGAACGAGACAGUACCGCCACCGCCCCCUCAGAACGUGUUUCUCAGAGCUGAGGAUGAGAAUAUUCUGGUGUCGUGGUUACCACCUCAACCGGAAGCGAACGUACUCGUGCGUGGUUACGUCAUCGAGGUGUUACGUAAUAAGGAGAGAUGGGAGGUGAUGCAGGUUGGGUACAAGGAAAGCAGCGUGAUCGUCUAUGAAGUCGGUAUGGGAUAUACAUAUCAGAUAUCAGUAAAGUCGUUUAACAGAGCGGGAGAGAGUGUUGACCGUUGGGAAGAAGUAAAUAUUCCCGUAAAAACGGUCACCACUGAGCCAGUUCGUAACUUCAGCGGCACGCCUCUGUCCUCUACACAGCUGUUGUUACAAUGGGAACCGCCGGGUUCGGGACGCUACAGCGGGUACGAGCUGUCCUACACUCUGGCCGGGAAGGAGAGGCCGGACCUGCCCGGAACUGGGUCCCUUCCAGCUAAUAUCAGCAGCUAUGUGGUCAGGUCUCUGCAGCCGUACACCGAGUACGUUUUCAACAUCACCCCUAUUUUACGUAACGUCAAGGGCCAAACCGCCAACGUCAUCGUCAGAACGUUGCCUGAUAAGCCCGGCGCCCCGCCCUUCAACGUUUCUCUGAACGUCAUCAACUCCACCACUAUUCGUAUACAGGCGUUACCACCGGGAGUUCAGAGGAACGGGCCCAUCGUGCAAUACCGGAUAUCAUACCGAAGUCACGAGGCUCGCGAUUCUUUCAUCGUUUCUGCCGAGACUUCCGAGAACUUGGACUACUUCCUGUCAGACCUUAUGCCGUCCACUGUGUAUGAGAUACGACUGCGAUGUCUGACAGUGAAUGGUUCAGGUCCCUGGUCCAUUUGGCUCCAAGCGAAGACCAAACAACGAGAGCCCAUAUUGCCAAAGGUUCCACACAAUUUAACAACAACUGUAACCUUUGACUCGGUGACCUUGACAUGGUUACCUCCAAACCAACCAAUCAGAGACGUGACCGGAUACGUGGUUGGUAUAGGGAAAUUUAUACCGGAAGUGCAGAGGGUUAGCCUGACCAAUCAGGAGAGUCAACACACGUUUAGGAAACUUGAUCCAGGGACCUUGUACAUUGUCAGUGUUCGAUCAUUCAAUGAGUUUGGAGAGAGUACCGCAGUAUUUGAACUCGUGACCACUUUGUUCUAACCUCGCCUAGUUUGGGAAAAAACGGUGUGAUAACAAUGGCUAGCAUUCGAAGUUUUUGUACAUGUAUGCAUAUGGAUAGUGGAACUUGCAAAGAAACAAGUUCCGCUUGUUACAUGUUUUUUAACGUGUAUACUGGGACGUUGGUAAAAUUCCGUGUUUAACAACGUGUCAACGUUAAUAAUGAUUGUGACGCUGGAUUCUAUUUCGUUUAUACAUGUUUUCAAAAUAUUAGACGCUAUGGAAAAUGGUCAUUUACCUCAAUACUGACUUUGUGACAUGGAACUAAUCGAAGCUGGCUUGUGUGUAUGAUAUGAACCUUGUAACGGGAACCUGGUAUUAAUGCAUAUGCGUAAAGAGUCGUCCCAGAUUAGCCUGUGCAUUCCGAAAAGGCUAACCAGGGACGACCCUUUUCGCCUGAACUGGAUUUUCGGUAAUAAGAGACUUAUUCAAACAAAAAUACCAUAUAAUCGGAAAGUGCCGUCCCUGAUAUAAUUGUGAGGACUACACAGGCUAAUUUAGGACGACCCUUUACGCACAUGCAUUAAGCCCCGUUUUCCCAGAGCGAGAAUCAUAUUCGUGUCGGAACUUGAGUCGAUUUAAUCGAUUGAAGAGUACGUCAAUAAGUUUCCGGUUAAGUCAUCAAUUAAGAAUGUAACUGUAGAAUAAAUCCACGCGUCUAGUUUAUUCGUUCAUGAGUGCCAAGUAAUGUUGUUGAGCUAUAUUUGCAAAAUAACAACACAUAGAAAAUAUCCAUUACGUAUAUGUACACCUAUAUUUUUACUGCACAAGUGUGUACGUAGAUAAAAUGAUACAUUAUGUAUUUUUCAUUAGUAUGUUCUUCUCGAUUGAAAUAUAUGGUACUGUUUCA